AUGCCAGCUACAUUGUACUUAUUGUCUGUUAACCAAAAUCACUUGAAGAGCACAGCUAGCAGAGGAAGAAGACUUUCUGAAGACACAGAAGUGUUCCCCCUGAUUAAUUCAGGAGGUAGCAAAGAGCAAGAUGAAAUCACAAAGAAACACAGAAAGCAGGUACCAGAAUUUUGCAAGUUACCUCAAAUAGCUGAAAGCUCACCUAGCAUUCAAAGGGAAAAAAUAAAACCCGGUGAGCUUGCAAAAGAACUUGUGAUCCUUCCACUGCUGGUUCAAUUGGAGUCUCCAGCUAAAGCAAAAAGCUCAAGAGGAACUUGUUUUAAAGAAGUCAAAUUUGAGACGGAUGUCUAUAAUAAGCAGUCGGCUCUUUUGCCAAAUGAUCUUGUUUUAGACACCAAUCAUAGAAACAAGCAGAAGCAAACUAUCAAUGACAGCCUCCUAAGGGCUUCCCAAGAUACUUUUUAUCUACCCCUAAUAAAUCCAGGCAAGUUUGCACUGAAUGACGGGAAGAAAAGAAAGAGAAAAGUGUCCAUUGGAAUUGACAACAUGGAACAAAUAGAAAGCCAUAAAAGCACUUCACUCAAUAUCCUUCUGACAGGUUCUAAUGGAGAAAUUAUCUGUCCAUCACUCUUGAGAUCUGUUCAAACUACAGAUAAUCCCAGGGAAUUUGUAUCAGCUACAGAUGAAGAAGUUUUAGGAGAAGAUGAAUUAUCCAUUGAAGUAAGAAGACCUGCUUGCAGAAGUCCACCAGAGAUUUACUCUGAAGGUCAAGCAUCAAAUGAAAAGGAACUUCCACUAACUCAACAGACUCAACAUUUACCAAGAAAUGGAGUUGGCUUUGAAAAUCGCGAAGUCAUCACAGGAAAUGAGGGUUUUUCUGCUGAGUUUGGAGAAAGACAUCAGCCAAGUCAAACUGGUCUCUGCAGAAAAAACUACCCACAGCAGAGUGAGGAGGAAAAGGGUUACUCCAGUUUGUCACAAACUCACAACAUGAAGCAGAGGAACACUAAUGACAUUGUGCAAGAUGAAGGCAAACAAUUAGAUUUCUCAGAUCAAUCAACUAAUCUCUUCCACUAUGAACCACGUCUUACUCAUUUGAAGGUUUAUACAUCUGAAAUAAGGCAAGCUCCAAAUCCUGAAUAUGAUCCCAUAAAACCUUUUGAUUACCGUGAAGAAGUUAUGGAAAAUCCAAGAAAUGACCUGUAUGCUUCUGAAAUAUUUGGCAUGGAGGAAGAUAUGACAGCAUUGUCAGAGUCAACCAGCCAGCCGGCUGGGGUUGCCCGUCUGAAACAGGCUGAAGAUGUUUUAAAGAGCAAAAGGACUGAAAGACCAAAGAAACAGCCAAUACAGAAAGCUGGAGAUGGGUUGAAAAAACAAAAAAAGAGUUUGAAGAAAAAGAAAUACCAAAGUCAAAAGGAGUUUGUUGUAGUUACAUAUUUCGAGGCUGAGACAGAAACCUAA